AUGAAACCUAUUCCGGAUGAACUUAAAAACAAGCUGUGGGCUUGCCGUCGAAAUAUCAAUCCUGAUGAAGAUGUUCCAGAUGAUUUAUUGAAGAUGAUGACUUUAUAUGUAGAUCGAAUUAAUGAUUAUUUGAAACGUUUUGAUUUACCGGAAGUUAAUAAUCAAUCUGAAACGAAUAAUGAUAUUGUUCAACAAAUGGAACAGUUAUCUUUGGAUACUUCAAUCACGAAAAUAAAAGUUGAUCAAUUACCGACGUUUGAUGGCAAAUUUUCAAAUUGGAAGGCUUACAAAGGUAUGAUUGAAAAUUUGCUAAUAAAUAAUAUUGCAUUGAAUGAAGAAUUAAAGAAAUCGAUGUUAUUGAAAACAAUGACAAAUGAACCGGCCCGUAUUGUUAGUAUUUUGAUUGGUCAACAAAUGUCAUUGCCGGAUAUUUGGAAUAAAGUAUGUGAAAAAUUCGAUGAUCAUCAAAAAGCGAUUUUAGAAAUUAAAAAUGAAUUGAAUUUAAUUCCCCGAAUUGAUAAUGAAAAUCAAACAUUGAACUUGAAGAAAGCGAAAGACAUCGUUGAAAGUGCUGAUUUAGCGGUGAAGGGUUUGGAUCUGGAUACAUCGUUUUAUACGGCGAAUUUAGUCCAAGCUGUGGCAAAUAAAUUUUACUAUCGUGCGAAACGUAAAAUGUUGGUUAAAGUUAAAAAGUUUGAAGAUUUAGUAAAAUUUAUCGAUGAAUUGUACGAAGAUGCUGUCCGAUAUGAUUAUAACAAAGUGGAAUUAAAUGAUUCGUCUAGUAGAAGAAAAGAAGAUUUUUCUCGUAAUGCUUCGUCAGCUGCUAUUGACACCAAAUUUUGCAAUAUAUGUGGCAAUAGUCAUCAGAGCACGUUUUCUUGUUUUGAUAAUAAAGAUCCGAAAUUUAUUGCUGAUGUUAUUCGUUUAAAAGGUUUAUGUUUAAAGUGUCUUCGACGUGGACAUCGUAGUAAGGAUUGUUCUGUAUUCUUGGAAAAUAAAUGCAAAAAGUGUGAUUAUUAUCACGCGACCGAAAUGCAUGAUGUAUUGAAUGAAUUGUAUCAUACAAAACCAAAAGAAAUUGCUAGAAACGAUAUUCCACCAUCAUCGGAAUCAUCAUCGUCGUCAUCGAUUUCUGGAUCUGUAGCAGCUUUAUCAUUUUUUCAACCAAAAAUGAAUGUUUUUGAUAUCAAUAGAAUUGGUAAAUUCGAAAAUCGUCCAACAAUUUAUGGAAAAUGUAAUGGAAAAGAAAGUGUUAUAUUGUUGGACAGUGGAUCUAAUAUUUCGUUGAUUGAUGAAGAUUUAAUAUUAGAAGAUAUUCAAGGUAAUGAUAAAAAAUGUUCGAUUGUGACUUACUCUCCUUUGGGGGGGAUGAAAACAGCACAUAAAAAAAUUGCAUUGAAAAUCAAAAGUCACCGUUUGGAGAUUAUUGUUGAUUUAUUUCCGGUGAAAAUGAAUGACAAAAAUUUAAUCAUUAUUGGUACUGAUAAUUUGUCAUAUUUUUAUGAAAGUCAACCUGAAUUUCUUGAAAUUCCUUCGAUUUUUGGCAAGAUCCGCUAUAAAGUAGGAAGAGAUAUUCCGAAUGUUUGUAGCGCUAUUAAAAAUUCAAUCUCGAAUGGUGGUCAUGAUGAUGUUGAAGAUUUGGAGCCAUUGGAAAUGGAACCAUCAUCAUUAUCAAAUGAAAAUUUAAGAAAAUUGGAACAAGAUAAUGAUUUGAAUUUAGACAUUGAUGAUGAUGUUAAUGAUGAUAUUCAGAUUGUACGAAAAGAAGAUGGACGUUUUGAAGCAAGAUUGCCUUUUUUAUCGGAUUUGCGUCCAAAAUGUAAUUUUUAUAGCGCCUUAUCUGUUCUGGAUAAAUUGUUAAAACGUUUGAAUUCAAUGGGCAUGAAAAAAGAAUACGAAAAUCAGUUGAUGUCGUACGUGAACAAUAAUCAGGCAGAAGAGAAUGAUGAGGCUACUGGUUAUUUUCUACCUCAUCAUGCAGUUUUUCGUGAAUCAUCUUCGACUCCAAUCCGCGUAGUGUUCAAUGGAUCUUUUGGAUUGGAAGCUCUGAAUAAAUUACUUUGGAAAGGUGUUGCCCAUGGAUUAGAUAUUUUUGAUCAUAUGAUUCGUUUUCGUAAAGGAAAAUUUGCUUUCACUGCCGAUUUGUCCAAGGCUUUUUUGCAGAUUUUGAUUCAUACAGAAGAUAGAAAAUUUUUGAAGUUUUUAUGGAAGAACGAUAAAAAUGAAUUGAAAAUGUAUCAAAUGAAGGUAUUACCCUUCGGACUGGUUUCUUCUCCAGCUAUUUUAACAAGUGUAACCAAAAAAUUAUUGUGUGACCAAAAUUUGAAUCAAAUUGCCGAUGCCAUCUACAUGGAUGAUAUCAUUUGGGCAAUGGAUUCUGAAUCUGAUUUAUGUUUAUUGAUCAACAACUUAAAGAAUUGCUUUCAAAACGCAGGUUUUGUCAUGCACAAGAUUUGUUCGAAUAGUAAAUUGAUUUCUUCCAAUAUUGAAAAUGAUUCGAAUAAUGUAGGUGAUAAAAAAGUGUUAGGUAUUGUAUGGAACACUAACACCGAUGAAUUAUCAAAUGUUUUCCCAGUCAUUUCUCAAAUUAUUACAAAACGUGAUUUAUUAUCAAUGAUUGGACGUUUUUUCGAUCCGUACGGAUACUUAGAUCCAUGGAAAUUGAAAUUAAGAUCUUGGUAUCGGGAAGUUUUGUCCAAAGAUUGGGAUGAUCGAUUGCCUGAACAUAUCAUUAAUGGAACGUUGUCUCAUUUAGAUUGCAUGGAAGAAUUAAAGAAAUUAAAAAUGAUUCGUAAUCUCGACAAUGAUGGUGAUAUUCAUGGUUUUGCUGACGCAUCUACUUUAGCGUACGGUUAUUCAAUAUACGUUAAAAAAGAUGAUAAAUUUUAUUUUUUGUUGGGUAAAGCUAAAUUAGCCCCUCCUAAAGAUUUAACGAUCGUUGAAUUAGAAUUGAAAGCCAUUCAUGAAUUGAAUUCAAAUUUAUUCAAAACUUAUCGUAUAUCGUCAUUAAAUUCAAAGGAUUUUGAAUUUGCUGAUCAAGUUGAAGAUUUUGAAAACAAGUGA